GUUACAUAUGGGAGCCAUCAAUACAAAGUCAUGCGGGAAGGAAGAAUCUACUCUUGUAGAGCUUGGGAACUAAGUGGGGUUCCUUGUCCACAUGUUGUCUGUGCGAUUUGUGAUAAAUGCGGGGAUCCAGAGGAUUAAAUCGAUUCAUGCAUGCUAUUCAAAGGACGUAUACCAAAGAAUAUAUUAUCAUCAUCUUCAGCCAAUGAAUGGAGAGUUGUUAUGGAGUAGGACACAGACUAAUGAUAUUGCACCUCCAAUCCCCAAAAAAAUGUUCGGAGGACCCAAGAAAAAAAGAAGAUGUGAAGCUAAUGAAGGGUCAGUGUCUCAAAAAAGGAAGGACAACUAUCUCAAGAAAAGGCAGAGUCAUGAGUUGUUCUGUAUGUAAGGAGGAAGGACACAAUAAAGUAAUGUGCCCGAAUAAAGUCUUAGAUACACAGACAGCGUCUGCAGAACCAUCACUGACACCUUCAAUGAGAACCAAGAGAAUCAAAGAAGCAUGUGGCAAGGAAAAAAAGAAAAGAAGAUGUCAAGCAGAAGCACCAAAAAGUCCACCUAUUGGUGUAUCCUCCAAUGCAUCCAUUUAGGAGCUAAAUUUGUGCUUAGUAGUAAUGUCGUAUGACCAACACUUGUAAUGGUUUUCUUUUGUGAGAAUAAAGAGGCAUUUUAAAGCAUUGAUGUAUAUGUAUGUGAAGAGCAGCAGUGGAGAAAAUAUGAAGAGAGAGAAUCUCCCCCAUCUCUCUAAAACACCUACUACCAAUUUCUAAAGACAAUGGAUUUCCGGCAUUUCAGCCGCCGGAAUCAACAAUUUUUUCUCAAUGGUAAUCGAUACAACACACAAGGGCUUCAUCCCCAAUUCAGACACUCAACAGGGAGAUGUACAAUAUAUGAAGAGGAAUCGCCUAGAAUAGAUUUGGGGUUUUGCAACUAUCCCAACACACCCUCUUGGUGCAACAAAUGCUACCCAUAUCCCAGGUGCUGCUGGUUUGAAGAAUAUCAUCCCAGGCACAACCAACUAAGACAACACAAGUCCCAUUAUACAGCCCCCAGGUAUUGCAGAAACUCAAAAACGACCAAGGAAGACAACGUAUUCGAGGCAAGGAGGCAUCUGGUACGGCGACGGGAUGUACAGACCGAUCACCACUCCUUCCGCAACACACGGGAAAAUACAGAUGGUUGGCGCAUCGUCAAAUACACCAAACGGCGUCACAACGCUCGCCCAGACCAAUGUUCCACUGCUCAUCAACGCCCCAAGGCCCCCAACCCAGAAAUUCUACGGGCUUCUGGUAAUUUCAAUCGACACCAAAGGUUAGAGCUAGAAGAUAAGUAUAAUUCUUUAUCACCACUAACAAAUGAACCGGACCUCUUGGCCAUAAACGAUUUAGUGGGAAUAUCCGACUUCCCAACCGUCGACGACUCACAGGCAGUUGACAGAGGACACAACAGGGGAACACCAGCAGCCUCAUCGUCGGCAAGGCGAACGGCCAUAGCGCCAAAACACACGGCAGAUUCACUGGGCGCGGACCCUCUAUCGGGGUCUUCAGCGUCUAGUGCUUUCCAGAGUAGUGGCAACGGCGUGAUGAAGCCGAGAAGACAAGAGGACUCAAAACCGGCUUCUCCAUCCCAUUCGGUCCCGGAAAUCGCUGUCUCGGCUGUAGUGGGGUCACCGACGAUUCGACCAGGACAUGGUAACAGCUGUGGAAAUAUACCCAAGGAGCUCAGUUUCACGUGGGCUGAUGUUUUAAAAUCCAACAAAAAAAUAAAACCCUCUGUCACUCCUGGUACCAACUCGGCAGAGUCCUCCUCAGCCACAAAUUCAAAUCCGCUCAACAAUGACAUGCCAGCUACUUGCUCCGUCACGAAAUUUAACAGAACAGAAGAUAUUCGGGUUGAGUCAGCUUUGGGCGAACCGGGCUGUGAAAAUUUCAUGUUCUUUGGACAAGAAGGAUUUGACUCAAUCAAAAUUGAGUCAAAAGUUUUUAAAUUUGCGGUCAAAAAUGGUGAAGUGGUUAUUUUUGAAGUCAAAAAAUCUCAGCUACACAAGAUUCAAUUCAAAAUUGACCUUGUUCCUCAAAUCAUUCGCUUUAUGUCUCAACUCACAAGUUCUGCAUCAAAAUUGGCACGGAGUAAACGAUUUGGAGAUAUUACAGUUUCUUUGGAAACUAACAGAUCAGGCGACUAUGUGAAAUUAGCUAAAAAUCAUGGGAGCUCCGCUCAAAUUCCGGUGGGACCGAAAAAAUCGAGCUUGUUUAAAUUCAUCAAUAUUUUUUCUAAUUUUGCAGGGCCACCAGAGUCUGUGCAGGACGACUCAAUCUCUUUGCAAUACAGGAGCACCUAUGAAAUCGAGGACAACACAUCGAUCUCUAAACUGAUUCUAAAUUAUCAAAUCCAAGCGGCUAGUAUCGAGAAUCAACUGGUUUUCACUCCCAUGAAACAACUACCACGGAUCGAGGCUUACUCAGAUGCCUCAGAUGGUUUUGACCAUUCUGAUGACUCUUUCUUUAGAGAUGACUUUCUUGGACACGCAACUGAAAGCGAUCGUCGUCUUCCGAUCUCCUACCCGGAAGAAAUUAGAAAUUCCAAACUCAACAGGGCUAUUUGCCGCAAAGCAAAAUUCGUCACAUCGGAAAAUUGUCUGCCAACAGACAACUUAAACACACAACUCAAAAUUUACAGAAAAACGCAAAAGAACAAAAGGCGUCACAGCAUGACGACUAGAUCACAAUCCAGAGAUUUUCCUUGGGACUAGUUUUAUGUUUUCCUUUAUUUUACUUUUUCUCUGUACUGCUUUUCUUUUUAUUCUCGCAUUGUACUGUUUUUCUCUUAUCAAUAAAAUGCAUUUUUUCUUAAUAAAAAAAAAAAAAAAAAAAAAAAAAAAAAAUAAAGAGGCAUUUUUGUUUGUCUAUUUCUGUAACGUACUUGUGUUUGAGAACAAAGUGGCAUUUUGUGUAUGACAAUUUGUAGCCCGCCACAAACUUUGGGUUUUGUGACUGUUAAGUUUGAUAUUUAAGAGGCUACGCCUUUGUUAUAUGACAUAUCACUUUGACACUUUAGAGGUCUUUUCUGUUAGGAAGUGCUAAAUUUAUUCUAAUGGCAGUCCCAAUUGUAGGCCAGUGUGUGCGGCGAUGUUUGAUUUAUGCAUUAUAUUUACAUAUGGAUAAGUUUCAUGUUGUUACAAGUGUAUUGAUAGUUUCACUAUUUUAGUGGGUUUAGUAAAAUAUGGUUUCAAUUUAUCAGCUGGUAAACUAAUUGCAACAGUA